AUGUCGAUCACACACGGGCAAGAUGGAGGUGAAUGUCCUUCAAUUAGCUUCUCCUUGAAAUGGGACGUGCUUGGGCCUUUUCAGAUUGGAACAAGAGAAGCAAGCUGGGGUGCAGAUCCAUUGGAGUUUGAGGGAGGCUUUCGCGCCCUCGAUUAUGACAAUGAAACGAAUUAUCCCAGUUCGCUUGCUCCCAGUGGCCGAGUAUCUUGGUCAACCCACCAACUGGAAUGCUCAUCAAGUUCUGGAGAUGUUGCUGAAGCUUCCUUGAUCGUCGGCUUUCCCACUAUCGAUUGGCCAUUCCUGCAAUCCGUGUAUGGCUGGGCUGCUUUGCAGUAUCAAGCCUGGGCUCGAGGGCGUCUCACGAUAGCAGCAAAGUCUGCACAACCCAUAAUAUUCUAUGCUGACAAUGUUCUUGAAUUCUGGAUUGAUGACAGUCACUAUUUCGGUGGAGACUAUUACGCAUACCGCAGAGCACCGUUAGUCCUUCACUUAGAUCCGGGCAAACAUAAUGUCGACAUACGAUUGAUCCGCGAUGUCCGUGUUAUGGGCGGUAUUGGAGAGCCGAAGAUAUCGAUCAAGUUGAGAGCGGAAAGCUCCGAGGGCAGCCUGGCGAUAGUUGAGCAAAAGGCUAUGAUUCCUGCUAUCGUCAAUGGAGUCUUAGCAAGCCCUUUUGCUUUCGUGCCUGCUCGUAACGAAGGACGAAAAGCUGUUGACAUCUUGGACAUUACGACUAGCGCGGGAACCGUUAGUGCUGCCAUGAUUGGAAUUUCACCAUUGAGCUUAGCACCAGGCCAAACAAGGCCACUGACAUUUCGUCUGUCUGCGCAGAGCAAUCCGCCUAUAUGUCUUUCUCUUGAAGUCACCUACGUCGAAAGUGACUCUCCUGAUUGUCUCCUUAGCACUGUAAUUUCAACUGCAUUCUCGGAGCAUGAUAGCCACUCCCCGCACAAGAUCACGUUCCUUCACCCUGGCGGUAUUGUCUCAUACGCUAUUCUUAGAGCCCCUUCAAAGAAAGCAAUAUCUGGGUUGUCUCCAAACAAACGCUUGCCGAUCCUUCUCAACCUUCAUGGAGCCGGACUGGAAGCAGAUAGCCAUCAAGUGCGCCAUAUGCUUGAUUCGGUCCCUGAUCUUCCGUCAUGGGUUAUAUUUCCCACCGGAGUAACUCCGUGGAGUGGUGAUGAUUGGCAUACAUGGGGAUUCGCGGACGUGGAAGCAGCAGUAGCAGCAAUUUCCGGUUGGAUCGAGACUGUCGGGUGGGACGGGCCUUCGGUGGAUGCCAGUGGAUGGCUGGUCACUGGACAUUCGAACGGUGGUCAAGGAACAUGGUACGCACUCACUCAUCGACCGGAGAAAGUCAUUGGGGCUGCUUCAGUCUCAGGCUACUCAUCGAUAGAAGGUUAUGUGCCAUAUCAGAUGUGGGCGGAAGCCAGUCCUGAAAUCACAAUGUUACUGCAGAAUUCGACGCGAAGCUUUCGCCAUGAGCUUCUUGUAGCCAAUUUUAAGGGCAUACCCGUCAUGCAACAGCACGGUAGCGCCGACAAUAACGUCCCUGCGUUUCAUUCUCGGCGUAUGAAUCAGCUGAUCUCUCAGACGAACGGGAAAUACAAUCACCAAUACGUAGAGCUGAAGGGCAAGAGUCAUUGGUUUGAUGGUGUCAUGACCACCGUACCACUUCUCAGAUUCUAUGACAUUCUUGGGCGUGAAGCGGAUUGGGCGAAGCUGCCCCAAGACUUCACUAUCAUGAUUGCCAAUCCUGCUGACAUGGGCGCAAGGGGCGGUCUCUUGGUAGACCAAUUGAGUAGUCCAGACCAACUUGGGAGGAUCGAGGUGAAAAGAUGUCCACUCUCAGCAGCCUGGGUUCUGAGGACUUCCAACGUUCUUCGAUUUCAUUUUACCGCCACUCAAAAGUCAGACAUCCUGCCUCAUAAGCUAGUCAUUGACCAAAGCUCACUGGAGCUGCCGCUUGGAGAGAAGAAAUUUGCCUGCUGGCUCGUUCGGUCUGAACAAGGCUUUUGGCAUGUGUCUCAUGAUCGUCAAUGGCUCACAGAGCAACGUCACGGCGCGCAACUGGGACCGCUUGACUCGAUUCUUCGCAGUGCUGGGCGAUUUCUAAUACGGACAUCCGCGUCUGUCUCUGAUGUAGCAGUGCAGAUUGCUCGAAACCUCUUUCAGUACUUUGCUGCCGACUCCGAGAUCAUUGAUCUAAGUGCUCCUGUAGGCUCGCAAUCAGGCAAUGUGAUAAGCGUAACACUAGGAUCCGACUCCCUAAUGCUAGGGUCUCACUCGGAAUCGAUUGGCUUAGACGACAGCGUGGGACUUUAUAUUCGCAGACGUGGAGGCAUAAAGAAAGUCUUUCCUUUCGAGGUCGGUAUGGGAGCCAUCUUCCUCAGGCCAUUGCUGGAUGAGAGACUUGAACUCGUCGUUUGGGGCUUCGAUAAGCAGGGGCUCAGGCGAGCCGCUCGCCUGAUGCCGAUGUUGACGGGCGUAGGCCAGCCAGAUUUUGUCGUCAUCGGCAGAAGAUGUGCAUGGGAAGGCGCUGCAGGCGUACUUGCUAUGGGAUCGUUUGACAACUUCUGGAGAGUGUCAGACGCUUCGUUCAUCAGUUGA